AUGCUGUACGGGAGCCUUCCAGAACAGUUCCUGGACAGCAGCAGUUUGCUCAGGCAAGGGAAUAAAGACACUUUGGUAACAAGACUAAGGAAGGCAAUGAUCCGCCUGCAAUCAACAGUCGAGCAUCAUGCCAAGAAGACCACCUUCGUCUUCAAAAAUAUGAAGACAGCAUCACACGUGCUCGUGCGACACGAUGCAUCAGCCGGAGCUCUUCACCUGCCAUACGACGGACCAUUCGAAGUACUGAACCGAAGCAACAAGACGUACAAACUCCGAAUCAGAGGGAAGGCUGUUAACAUCUCAGUCGACAGAUUGAAGCCAGCCUACAUCUUGGACGACGAAACACCAACUACCAAGAUACCAAAGGCUGACUCGGAAGCCACGUCCAAAACGACAAGAACAGGACGGACGAUACGUCAACCAGUCCGGUUCACGCCCAAAUAG